GUCAGCACUCAACUCUCGACUAUGAAAUGACAUUGCAAUCAUUACUAUUUAGUGCUAUUACAUAGUAAUAAUAAAAUGGCGGCGAUAAUAAUUCAAGGUUACAAAUAUAAUUUUUGAAGAGACAAAAUAUCACAAAGGAAUUAUAUAAAUUUAGAAGAAAAUAUGUAUUUUCUUUUAUAAAAAACUAAGAAAAUUAAUUAACUAAAUAUCUAUUAAGAAAGACUGAAGUAAAAUGGCUCAUAUAGAAAUCACACAUAAACCAAGCCUUUUGAAGGAGGCUAUUAUUCAAAUUGGUGCAGGUGGUUCUGCAGGUUUUGUGGAAGCUUGUAUAAUGCAUCCUAUGGAUCUUAUUAAAACACGUUUUCAACUGCAGAUUAAGACAGGAUCACAAGAUGUGCUUUAUUAUACAGGAAUUAGAGAUUGUAUGAAAAAAAUGUAUAAAAAUGAAGGAGUUGCUGCAUUUUGGAAAGGUAUAUUACCACCAAUUAUUAUGGAAACUCCUAAAAGAGCUGUAAAAUUUUUCUCCUUUGAACAGUAUAAGAAAUUCUUUAAUAAUCACACAUCAAAAACAAUGACAUUUUUUUGUGCUGGAUUCUUAACUGGUGUAACAGAAGCAAUCUUAAUAAAUCCAUUUGAAGUAAUUAAGGUGCAAAUGCAAUCUAAUCGUAAACACAUUAGUGAUAGUCCAUCAACUAUUGCUGUAACUCGACAUAUUCUUUGCAAACAAGGUUUUGGACUAAAUGGUCUUAAUAAAGGUUUAUCUGCUACAAUAAUGAGAAAUGCGAUUUUUAAUUCUUUCUAUUUUGGUAUCUAUAAUUCCAUCAUUCCUUGGUUAAAUAACAAAAACGAAUAUACUUCAGAAUUAUUUCUUAAGUUUACUGUAGGUUUUAUAUCCGGAACAGUGGCAUCCUGUAUGAACAUACCAUUUGAUGUUGCUAAAAGUCGUAUCCAAGGUCCACAGGAAAAAAUUCAGUAUAAGGGUACUUUGCAAACUAUUUAUUUAGUUUAUCAUAGAGAAGGAUUUAGAGCUUUGUAUAAAGGAUUGUUACCAAAAAUAUUACGAUUAGGACCAGGUGGUGCAAUUAUGCUUAUAGUUUAUGAAAAAAUGAAAAUAUAUUUAAAUAUGGAGUUUGGCAACUAAGUAAAAUUCUAGAUUAAUACAAUCUGAAUUGUGCAUUUUUUACUAACAUUGUUAAAAUAGUUCAAGUAAUAAUUCUUUAUUAUUUAUAAUAUUAUAAUUGGAAUUUAUCUUUAGAUUUAACAGUAAUAAUAAUGUUUAAUAAUUAAUAAUUCGUUAUAUAAAUAUAUAAAUAAUCUAAUAAUAUAAAAUAAAGAAUUAUAUCAAGAGAUUAAAUUUAUUAGAUUUUACAUCAAAUUUAUAUAUAUAAUUUAUAUAAAUAUAUAUUAUUUAUAAGAAAGUUAUAAUAAUUAUAUUUUCCAUUAAAAAUUUGAAAAUAUAUUUAUAUAAAAAAAAUUAAAAUAUAUUAUAAUAAAAAAAGAAUAGAUAGAUUAAUAUCUUCAUUAAUAUCAUUAUUAAUUUUAUCUAUUUGUAAAAUAAAUUUUUAUUUGUUUCAUAAAUUAAUAAUUCAAUGUUAAACAUUAAACUUCAAGAAUAUUUUUUAAUUAUUUUGUUAUUUGUUUGUUACCUAAUCUAAUAUCAUCUAUUAAUUUUUGUUAUAUGAAAAUAAAGUAUUUCUUAAUACAAAGA